AUGUUGCUUCCACCCCUGCAUCUUCUUAUUCUCGCAGCUGGUUCUGCUCAGCUCUGUGCUGGUCACACAGCUUUCACCAAUUUCUUUGUAGACGGCCAGAAUCAGGGCGAUGGUGUCGCUGUUCGCAUGAGCAAUAACCCAGGACAUGCAACUUUUCCUAUUCAAGGAAUUACAAGCCCCGAGAUGGCAUGCGGAGUGAACGGUGAAAAGGGGGUUGCACGAGUUGCUUCUACUAAAGCAGGAUCUAAAAUUACUUUCGAAUGGCGUGACUACCCGGACGGGUCCCAGCCAGGCGCUAUAGACAAGAGCCAUAAAGGUUCAUGCGCGGUCUACAUGAAGAAGGUCGAAAACGCUGCAGCUGACAACAAUGCUGCCGGAGACGGCUGGUUCAAAAUCAUGGAGUACGGACAAGAACCCCCUGAUCCUCAAUUUUACAUUGGAUGUGCUCAAAUCUUUUUGUCUUCAAGCGGCAACAGCCAGCCAAAGGAUCAUGUCUUCAUUCCAGGCUAUGUGGACCUGAAAACCCCUGCCAUGACCUACAAUGUCUGGCAGGAGCCUCUGAAGCCAUUUACUGAACCUGGCCCAGCCGUGUACACAGGCUCUGAGAGUGCUUCACGCCUCAGGACACGGGCUAUGCAACAAGAUUAUGGACUUAAGCCAGCGAAUUGUGUCAUGCAGAACGCGAAUUGGUGUGGCUUCACGCCUCCAACCUAUACUGAUCAGGAUGGAUGUUGGGCGGCUUCGAAAAACUGCUCUGCACAGACUCAGACAUGCUACACGUCCGCUCCACCGACGGGAAGCAAGAACUGCAAGAACUGGGAUGCCUAUUGCACUGAUAUUCGGAGUCAAUGCAAUGCAAAGAACUAUCAAGGUCCACCAUCAUGUGGUGCCCACAUGCCCAAUAAGCCAGGCGCAUUAACCGGCGGAGCUGUUUCUGCACACGACGCAACAACAUCAGCAACCACUCAGUCUGCGGAUGUAGGCUCUACCAAUGGUUCUACAUCAUCAUACUCUCCCCAGUCAAGCAGCACAACUGACUCACUUCCGAAAGGAUACUCUGGUGCCCCAUUGGUACCUGUAGCCAUGCCAGUUGCGUCAGGGGCUGGGGCUGUCACUGCUAGUGGGAAUAACUCCGACGGUGGGUCGAUCGACGAGUGUGGUAGUAGAGGCGGCCAGACUUGCAAGGCUGGAAUGUGCUGCUCUUCGCACGGGUAUUGUGGCACGACUCUGGAGUACUGUGCCGCGAAUGUGAUGGCCGAGGGGGCGCAGGGGCCAGACGUACAGAAUCUCUCCAGUAAUUGGCGGAGGUUACAAGACACCCUUUCGAAAAAUGGUAGUAAACGAAAAAGGGAUGCACCUGAAGAAGUUUCUCACCCCAUAGCAAAUGGUGCAAAGCGCCAGAAAAGCAAGGGACCGAGAGCUAAAGGCGCAUCUCAACAAAUCCAGAGAAACUUCCAGAAUUUGAACAUGGAUAAGAGGGCAUCGCCAUUACCCGCAGCUUCAGCUUCGCUCGCUCUUUGGGCCAAGGACAACCAGAUUUCACCGAGAGAUCUUGCGGCCGCUUACGGCACCUCACUGCAGACGACGGCCUUACCUGAAUUGAGCAGAGAGCAAGUGAGGGUCAACGAGGGUCUUGCACGAGAUAUCGAAGUGGGUAGAUAUCUCGCCAUUGAUUGUGAGAUGGUGGGAGUGGGACCGAAUCCAGACAAAGAAUCAGCGUUAGCAAGGGUCUCGAUCGUCAACUACCAUGGUCAACAGCUGUACGACUCCUUCGUCCAGACUAAGGAGACAGUGACAGACUACAGAACGCAUGUAUCCGGAGUGACACCGAAAUUGCUCCAAACUGGGCGAACACUGGAACAGGCACAGCAAGACGUUGCCAGCUUGAUCGAUGGAAGGAUACUUGUCGGCCAUGCGUUACGCAACGAUCUCGAUGCACUCCUACUAGGCCAUCCAAAACGUGACAUCAGGGAUACUAGCAAACUUUCGGUGUUUCGACAAGUGUCUGGAGGACGAACUCCAAGCCUGAAAAGAUUGGCUAAAGAGCUGCUACAUAUGGAUAUUCAAGGAGGAGAACACUCCAGCACUGAAGAUGCAAGAGCGACGAUGCUACUGUUCAGAAGAGAGAAGGCAAGCUUUGAGAAGGAGCACAUGGCUAAGUGGGGCUCUGCUUGGACGGUUGGAGGAAGCGAGGCAAUGAAUGGGACUACGACUAAACGAAAGAGUCAGAAAUCGAAAAAGAGGAAGGCCAAAAAAUGA